AGGUGGUAUAACUGUAUAAGUAUGAAGAAUUCUGGAAAAUGGAUGAGGUGAGAGGUGGACUGUCAGUCUGAUAAAACAUUGAAGAUCUUGUUUCUACAGGAGCUUUUAUGCCCCACACUUAGGAGAUUAAUGAUCUUGUGAUGGAAGAAGGAGAUUCUUCUGUAAGGAGAUGGGAGGACCUUUAUAUUGAUAUCUUGGUGAAGAUACUCCAGUCUUUUGACCUUUUUGAGUUGACUGCUGGACUUGCUCAUGUUUGUAGUGUGUGGCGAUUGGCUUGUUCUGAUCAAUUUCUCUGGAUGACGCUGGACUUGUCGAUAUUAAAAUCAAAUUUCAUCAAAAUCUCGUUAGAGCCGUACGUAUAUGUGGACUGUCAGUCUGAUAAAACAUUGACCAGCCUCCUGAAGAUUUGUUUGAACCUCAGUUGUGGAAACAUACUAACAUUAAUCUUCCAUUACAAUUUGUAUGUCAGCGAUGAUCAGUUGACUUAUACUGCCGAGAGGCGUCCAUGUCUAAAACGUCUUGUUAUGCCUUCAUGGAACAGAAUAAAGAAGAUAGGAAUAUGCAGGGCUAUUCGUAUGUGGGAAUAUCUUGAAUCACUGACAAUGCCUAGUAUAGCAAAUCCUUCGUAUGUCCUGGAGGAAAUUGGAAGGAGUUACAAAAAUUUCGCUGAGCUCAAGAUUAUGUGGCGCUGUGAUAUGCUCUUUGCAUCUACACUGGUAUCAUUUCUUCCAAACUUGGAAGUGUUGAGUGUGAGGUGUGCGAUGUUAUCUAAAAGUGCCUUGUUUACUAUCUUGGACGAGCUUGAUGAAUCAAUUCUCGAAAAAGCAUCUAGGUCACACAAAUUCCUAACCUGCAUGAGUGAUUCAUGCAUCAUGUGUCAGCGCACUCGAAAUGAUGAAGGGCUGAUGAGGUGGUACAAGUAUGAAGAAGACCUCUGGAAAGUGGAUGAGGUGAGAUCUCUUGCAAUUUGACAACUUUAAGAAUGUAUUGCUUCAUGAGUUAAUGAUCCAGUAAAAUGUGUAAACUUGUGUAUAUGAAACAUAAUAAAACCUUGUCAUUUUGAAUGGACGCCAAUCAGUGUCCAGUUUGCUAGCAGCAAGUAUUAUCCUUUUGAGUUGUUAACCUUUGGUGGCAAAAGGAAGAGUAGCUUUGUAGCAUAGACAUACAUAAACCGUACUUCCAUGUAGCGUAAUGCUACUUCAUUGUUGUAAUUUUUGUAAGUUUUAUGUCUGUUCUCUUUGACAGACUUGUAUAUAUUUACAUAUGUAUUGCCAAACAUAGUAAGCUCACUCUUUUGUCACUAUUU